AUGGGAGUGGACAAGCAGACCGUCCUGCUCUUUGCAGCUGCUGCCGCAGUGCGCCUGUUCCUCUUCAUCGCCUUUCCCUCCCUCCCAGAUCUAUUGACCGGCCGAGUGGAAGUGUCCACACCCAUUACAAGCUUUAAGAGAUUGCAAGAAGGCCUUUUUCUGUAUACCCACAAUGUUUCUCCAUACGAUGGCGGAGUCUUUCACCAGGCUCCUCUAUUGCUACCCAUAUUUGCCCUUCUUCCAAACGUCUCGACCCAUCCCCUACCCACCGCGAUUGUCUACAUAGCUCUGGACCUGUUGGGUGCUUAUGCACUCGUGAGGACCGCCGAAUCCGGCGAAUCAGUCACAUCGCGACUAUAUACCUCUCCGCGAAAGCAUCUUAGUUGGAGUAGUGCUGCGAUUGGCGCGAGCUUCCUUUUGAACCCCUUCACCAUCGUUACCUGUCUGGCGCGGUCAACGAGCGCAUUCACCAACUGCGCCAUUCUUUUCGCCAUCUUCAAAGCAACCGCUGGGCAUUCCUUCCACCUCGUGCUUUCACUGGCCGUUGCCUCUUAUACCUCGCUCUACCCGAUCCUCCUUGCUCCGCCGCUUCUCAUCCUUUGUUACGACCGACAAGUUCGCCAAGCAGCUGCGAAGCCGACCGUCCCGUCCCCGGUCACGUUCGCAAUACAACAUACCGGAGGCUUGGUGGCUGCCAUCGGAUGCUUACUAUGCAUAUCGUACAUGCUGACCGGGUCGUGGGAAUUCAUCGGUUCCACAUAUGGUUUCCACCUCCUUCUGCCGGACCUGACUCCCAACGUCGGCCUGUGGUGGUAUUUCUUCACCGAGAUGUUUGACUCGUUCCGGGAAUUCUUCUUGGCGGUUUUCUGGUUGCACAUGGCCUCCUAUGUCGGCGGUUUGACCCUCCGUCUACGGGAACAGCCUCUGUUCGCGAUCGUUGCGUUGUUGGGGAUAUUUGCCAUCUUCCUGCCAUACCCGAGCGUGUCCGAAACCGCGGUUUUUGUUGGCUGCCUGAGCCUUUACAGCCAUGUGUUCCCAUUGAUGCGGUACGCGUUUCUCUCCUCCACCGUGUUGCUCUAUGCAACCUUCUUCGGGCCUGCCUUCUAUCAUCUCUGGAUAUAUGCCGGGUCAGGCAACGCGAACUUCUUUUACGCCAUAACACUAGUCUGGAGUCUCGCGCUCAUCAUGAUCCUCGGGGAUUCGCUGUUCGCGGUGCUCCGCGACGAAUGGGAAGCGGAGCGACCCGACAUGGUUGGGAAGGAGGUCCGCCAGAUUUGA